GAUUGACUCAACCUGCAACAAACACCUAUUCAAGUGCCGGUCGAGCUUCGAAGCUGGCUGAAGUGAUCGAUCUUGGGCCAGGGGUGGAUCGUGACUCACUGCUUGGUACAUACAAGGACGCUUAAGAGCCCACGCCUUGAGAAAUUGCAGCAGAAGUUGCUUCGUUGUCUCUGACCGAUUGCUGGAAAGGAUUUGCCCAUCAUGAAAGCUUCGGCAUCUCUUCGAAGCCUGCGACUGAGGCGGCUCAGGACUCAAGUUUAUGCUCGAGACAUCCGUCCGUUCUCAUCCUCCCACGGCCGGCGCGCCGACUCCUCCGAGCAAAAUGGCCUCAACAAGGUCUCAAGAAACAUCACACAGCCCAAAUCCCAAGGCGCGUCGCAAGCCAUGCUCUACGCCACCGGCCUGAGCGAAUCCGACAUGAACAAAGCCCAAGUCGGCAUCUCCUCAGUCUGGUACACCGGCAAUCCCUGCAAUAUGCACCUGAUGGACCUGUCCAACAUCGUGCGCAAGGGCGUCGCCGACGCAGGCCUGAUGCCCAUGCAAUUCAACACCAUUGGCGUGUCAGACGGCAUAUCCAUGGGCACGACGGGCAUGCGAUACAGCCUGCAAUCGCGCGAGAUCAUCGCCGACUCGGUCGAGACCGUCAUGCAGGGACAAUGGUACGACGCCAACAUCUCCAUACCAGGCUGCGACAAGAACAUGCCGGGCGUUGUCAUGGCCAUGGGGCGCGUCAACAGGCCGUCCAUCAUGGUCUAUGGAGGCAGCAUAGCCGCCGGCUGCGCAUCCACGCAGAACAACGCACCCAUCGACAUCGUCUCGGCCUUCCAGGCCUAUGGACAAUUCAUCACAGGCGAGAUCAAUGAGGACCAGCGCUUCGAUAUUAUUCGCCACGCGUGCCCCGGCUCAGGAGCCUGUGGUGGCAUGUAUACCGCCAACACGAUGGCCAGCGCCAUCGAGACGCUCGGCAUGACGUUACCGGGGAGCUCGUCCAACCCGGCCGUCUCAAAGGCCAAGCAACUCGAGUGUCUAGCGGCGGGCGGGGCGAUCAAGAACGCGCUCAAACUCGACCUGCGUCCACGAGACAUCAUGACACGGCAGGCCUUCGAGGACGCCAUGGUCGUGAUCAUGAUCACGGGCGGCAGCACGAAUGCGGUGCUGCAUUUGAUUGCCAUGGCCGACGCCGCGGGUGUCAAACUGACCAUUGACGACUUCCAGGCCGUAAGCGAUCGGACGCCGUUCCUGUCGGAUCUCAAGCCGAGCGGGAAAUACGUGUUCAACGACCUCCACAAGAUUGGCGGUAUCCCUACACUAUUGAAAUUCUUGAUUAAAGAGGGCGUGGUCAAGGGCGAGGGUAUGACAAUCACAGGCCAGACACUCAAGAAAAACGUCGAGAAUGCGCCGGACUUCCCGAGCGAUCAGACCAUCAUCAAGCCCUUCUCCGACCCGAUCAAACCGACGGGACAUAUUCAGAUACUCAGGGGCAGCCUGGCGCCCGGCGGGAGCGUAGGCAAGAUCACGGGCAAAGAGGGGCUGCGGUUCACAGGCAAGGCUAAGGUCUACGAUGCGGAGGACUUGUUUAUUGAGGCCCUGGAGAAGGGAGACAUCAAGAAGGGCGAGAAGACGGUCGUGGUGAUUCGGUAUGAAGGACCCAAGGGCGGGCCGGGUAUGCCGGAGAUGUUGAAGCCUAGUUCUGCGAUCAUGGGCGCGGGGUUGGGCAAGGACGUCGCGCUCAUCACUGAUGGUCGGUUCAGUGGCGGCUCGCAUGGUUUCUUGAUCGGGCACAUCGUCCCCGAGGCGAUGGAGGGAGGCCCGAUUGCGCUUGUGCGUGAUGGCGAUGAGAUUGUCAUCGAUGCGGAGACGAGAACGCUCGAUGUCAGCGUCGACGAGGCCGAGCUGUCGAGACGAAGGGACGAGUGGAACCAGAACAAACCCAAGCCACGGUAUACGAGGGGCGUGUUGGCCAAGUAUGCCAAGUUGGUGGGCGAUGCGAGCCAUGGGUGCAUUACGGACAGCGAGGAUGUGUUGAAUGUUCAUGCUUAGACAGUGCGAGCUUGAGUCUUGAGUCUUGGGUCCGAGUGUUUGUGGCUGCCACGGCUGCAUGGUGUCGGCCGAGAAGGGAUGUACAGAAAAGCUUGCUAGGGCGGCAAACAUACUGCCAGUGGCUUGUUUGAUAAAACGGAAGAUUGUGUUGUCAUUGUCGGGAUGGAUCGUCUGCCUUUUCUCCAGAGCCGAAAGAUCAAAGGCAAUGCGAGGCGUCAUAUGUAAAUAAGUGCCUAUGUAUCAUGAGUAACAAGAGUUCGAAAAGAAGCGCAAGUCUUCAACAUUG